UUAAUUCUAACUUUCUUACGUUUUACCAGCAACUUCCGUUUGUUGGGAUGAUGAAAACUUCAGGCUGGCCUAUGAGUGAGUUCCACCUUAUGGCUUGAUAACCGAAGACAGUUCGAAGUUUUUCCUGCCAGACAGCCGCCAUGCUUCUCACGCUCCAGGGCGUGAUAUUUCUUUUAGCUGCAGUUGCUACUGUUGUUGCAUUUCUCUUCCUGCUCUACGCUUACAUGACCACCAAGGCCUACCCAGUGGUAUCUCGCCAUGACAGCGAAAAGUUUUACUUUGACCCGAGCUCCAAGUCCAAGCGAAUGUUUCCUGACUACAGUGAGAACCCCUCCCUGGACUUGUCUGUCAUUGUCCCAGCUUACAAUGAGGAGCAGAGAUUGCCAGUGAUGAUGGAAGAGACAAUGGAAUAUUUGGAGAAAAGACAGACCGAGAAUCCUUCCUUCAAGUAUGAAGUGAUUAUUGUUGACGAUGGAAGCAAAGAUCAGACAACCGAGAUUGGACUAAAACAGUCUGAGCAGUACGGUGCUGAGAAAGUUCGAGUGCUCACCCUCCAGAGGAAUAGAGGAAAAGGUGGCGCAGUGAGACUGGGAGUGUUGUCCAGCAGGGGGAGGCAAAUCUUGUUUGUGGACGCUGAUGGAGCCAGCAAGUUCAGUGACCUUGACAAGUUGGAAAAGAACAUGGAGGAACAGAAAGAGAAAGCCAAACUCCGGUCAAAGAGCAGGAAGAAAGCAAAGAAUAUGGAAUCAAUGGCUAUUGUGUGUGGUUCUCGGGCCCAUCUGGAGGAGGAUUCUAUAGCCACUAGAUCAAUGUUCCGCACAUUCCUGAUGCUGGGUUUUCACUUUGUUGUGUGGCUGCUGGCGGUGCGUGGAAUCCGAGACACUCAGUGCGGGUUCAAACUGUUCACUCGGGAGGCUGCCAUUCUUCUCUUCUUGAACCUUCAUGUGGAAAGAUGGGCUUUUGAUGUAGAUCUGCUUUACUUAGCACAAUAUUUUGGCAUUCCUGCUGGAGAAGUGGCCAUUGAAUGGCAAGAGAUUGAAGGUACAAAAAUGGUUCCAGUGUGGAGUUGGCUACAGAUGGGCAGGGACAUCCUUUUGAUACGUCUCAGAUAUAGUUUAAGCAUUUGGAAAAUCAAAAGUAAAUUUUGAUAGACAUUCAAAAUAUAUCCCAUUGCCUUAUAUCAUAACAGAUGUUUGGUCUGUCAUGUUUCAUGCAUUAGUUUGUCAAAAUGUGUGACCCUAAAAUGUUUGUUGUUCGUUAAGUUAUUGAUAAAACUGUUGGGGUUUUUUGUAUGCUUUAUCUGUAUAUUUUUGGAAUUGCAAGACUUUGCUUUUCAGCAUAUUUGGCUGCAGAAUCUAUGAAAAAAGGGAGAGUCAAUAGUGGGCAAAGCCGUAGAAAACAUUAUCUAAACGGAAUUGUAGAGAAAUUGUGGGAGAUCUCACUGUGGCAUGUUGUUUUCUCUAUUGUCUUUUGUGUCCAUGGGAUCUUUGUGGUGAAAAAAAAUGUUAUUGCUGGCAGUACCUAUUUCAGUCUGUUUAGACCAUUGCAUCGUAUCGGUUGCUAGUGUCUAAUCUGAGCACAAAUGUUAAAGACAAUGGCCAAUGGCCUUUUUAAAGAGGUACAACAGUUCACGCUCAGAUGUAGGCCUACCUGAAAGUCGCAUAUGAGAGACAAAAUCUAUACCUGUGAUUUCUUUGUUUCCUGUUCCGUGAGCUUAUCUUGUCAUACAUGAUUUGAGUUUUGAAAGCGUGUAUGUGGUGUUGGGAACCUCACAUUAUCUUGCCUUAGGCUUCAUGUAUGUAUGUGGAGGUGGUUGGUGGACGCAAGGGUAUGGUUUGCUCCUUCUUUCCUAUCAAACAUAUAUCAUUUUUAUCUCUCCUCUUUCCUUUCUUUGUAUGUUACUCUCUGGUAACACGUCUAAUCUUUGGCACUUAUACUAGGAUCUAUUUGUGUUGCAAGUGCCAUAAAACAGUUACUAAAACUAAAACUGGAUCUACGAUACUUAUCUGUGCAUAUAUUGAGAGUUCCUGUAAAAGUCAUUCAGCAGUUGAAGGUGCAAGAGGCUGUGUCAUUUGGGAAAAAUCACUGAAUGGUUGUUUUAUUACCAAAUGACUUUACAUUCAUGUGGUAACCCAAAUGUUUAAAGUUGGAAUGACAUUUUAUGUAGUCUAGUUCUUCUUUAGUGUAAUAUGUUGCGUUGAUGGAGGGGACAACACAGAUGCCUCAAGUAACUUGUUUUUAUCUUUUGUUUUUCUUAAAUACUGCUGUGUUUAUUUAUUAGAUUUCUGUUAAUUUACUCAGAUUUUACAUUAUGUUAGAAGUGAGUAAAGUAAAUAAGGAUAAUACUGCUUGUAGUAAAGUUUGAUUGAACAUGUAGAUCCUAAUCUGGUUGUAGACGCAUUGUCCAGAAGUACAGCCAAACUGUUGGGGUUUUUUUUAUCAUAAAGAUAGAAUUCAGUGUGUUUGUGAUAAAAUAAAAAAUAUGUGUGUUCAAAAGACCCUUGUUUGAGAAGUACAUGUACGACUUAUCAUUGCCAAGAAUGUAAAAGAUGUUAGUGUCAGUCAAUUUUAUUACUGUGAUUAUUGCAAGAGGGGGUGAUAAAUCAGUUGGUAUUGUUCACCCUUGUUUUGUUGAGUGUAUAUUUAAAUUAGAUAAAAUUCCAUGUGUUAAUAUGUGUGCCUGUUGGCAGUAUACUUCUGAAUACAAUUGUCUCACUGUGGACCUUGAGGGGGGAAUAAUGGUGUAUCAAUAACUUUGCCGAAAAUAAGAUUUAAUUUGUUCCUACUAACUACUACUUAACAGAGCAAGACUGGUGUGUGUGUGUUGAUCGAAUUAGAUACCUGAAUGUCGCGUUGCAGCUUCUGCGAGCUAUCAGUGUAAGAAGUCUCCUAGAGUCUGCCAGCUUAAUUAGUAUAUUUCUUGAACGAAGGGUUGCAGUUCAGCAAACUGAGAAAGUGAUCAAGAGUUUAAAAAACCUACAAAACAUGUGGAUUAUAAUUAUUAUUUUGUAGAUCCAGUAGUGUGUUGAUAAUGAGCACUCUGGUAUAGUCUGAUUUUUCUUCCACUUUUCUUCACAUCUGCUAUGAGCUGUUCUCCAAAGCUGUUCUUUUAGAUGAAUUGUGGCUAUCAUCUAAUCUUUGCGGACUGUAGUAUAAUACAAACCCUGUCAAUUGCAGCUCUAUAAACUUCUUUUGGGCAGAAAGUCUAGAUUGUUGAGCUUUAAGAAAUCCAAAGAAAACGAUGUUGGCCUUCUAUGUUACAUGACAGUUCUAUCAUUUUCGUAUGAAGCCCAGAAGACUUGAUGCUUUCAUGAGUACCAAUGUUGUUGUUUUUUCUUAUUUGCUUUUUCCAAACUUUUUAAUUGGAUUUUUUGGUCAUUUUUUGCUUCCAUGUCGGGUUUUUUUUUUUGGUCAGUUAUUGCUUCCAUGUCACAAUAUGAACUGUAUCAAGAAGUGUUCAUUGUGUGUUCUGAUGGGGUGGGUGUGUGUUCAUUUUUUGUUCUGAUUGAAGGUUGGAUGUGUGUUCUGGUAGUGAAUGAAGGGGGUUGAUGAGUGUUCAAAUGGUAGGGAAGUUGGUGGAUUUAGGGGUUCCACGAUUUACAGAGUAAUUUGUUCCAUUAAAUCAGUGCGUGAGUGAAAAAUGUGAAUGAAUGUGGGAGAGUUUACUGCGUGUGGUUUUUGUUUAACUUUUGGAUUAAACUGAAUCUAAUAUUUGUUUGCUUUUGAGAGCGCAAUUUGAGGGUGGAUAUUUUGGCUGGUAUGUGCACAGUGCAAAAUAUGUACACAUUUUAGUUAUUUACUUUGGUAUGAAGUUGAAAUGAAUAAAUAAAUCUACGAUAUAUUUCAAC